AUGGUCAAGACUCCACAGAGGAAGCAUCAUGAUUGGGUAAAUCCAUCCAAACCAAAGCUGGGUUUGAGCAUCUCCAUCCCUUUGAGGAUGUCCAGUUACAUAUUCAAGAGACCAGUUACUAGAAUCACAUCCCACCCUGGCAAUGAGGUCAGAUGCUAUCACUGGGAGGAAACUUUGGACAAGCCCCAACAGGUGUGCUGGCAGAAGAGACUGCAAGGACUCCAGGCCUGCAGUAGCACAGGACAACUGUUAAGUCCUUUCGAUCUUGCCAAAGCCUUGCAAAAACUUGUGCCUAGUUGCGCAGGUGAAUCUCUGCCAGGUGUUUUCACAGGUGGCUCCAUGCCCACCCCUGCUGGGUCCUCACAACUGGCAGAGAUGAUUCCAGGAGCUGGUGUGGGUAUCCCACAGCUCCUCUGCAAACAAUUUCUGGUGACUGAAAAAGAUAUCAGGAAACAGGAAAAGAAAAUGAAGAUGGCAAGAGAGAGACUGGCCAUUGCAUUGAUUGCAGACAAACUUGCUAGUGAGGCGGAGAAAGUGAGGGGCCAAGAAGGACAUCCUGAAAAACACUAG